UCAGCUGGUGGGCUUCAGGGCGGCAGCGGGGCUGGUCGGGAGGUUCUCCUCCUCCUCCUCCUCGCGGGGGCUACGUGGCCAUGAGUGUGCUCGGGGGGAACUUGAAAACUUCGCUGCGUAUAUCCAGCGCAUUUUAGCGAGCGGACGCUACGUCGGAGGAGGGGUGGCCAGUCCAAAACGGUCCUCGAAGGAGCGGAUUCUCCACAGCAUUGAUUUCUAGCCAACAUGGAUGAUUUGGAUGCUUUGUUGGCGGACCUUGAGACCACGACAUCCCACAUUUCAAAACGUCCACUUUUCUUGUCUGAUGAGACAGCCUAUGCUCUCCCUGUUGGGGGUGAGACCCAGCAAGAUAUCUGCUUUUCACCCCAAGGCCCACCCAUUCCCUCUGAGAAAACCCUCAAUGGAGUACAGGACACAGACCCAAAUAUUCCUUCACUAGAUCGCAGCAGUCCACCUCAACCCGCCGGAGAAGAGGACCAUGUAUACAGUUUCCCUAAUAAGCAGAAGACCAGUGAAUCUUCACCUGGCAUGAACCAGUCCUUUGGCAGCAACCUGUCAGAGUUGGACCGCCUGUUGCUGGAACUCAACACUGUCCAGCAAAGCACCCCGGCCUUCCCAACUGAAGAAGAGGCAGCCCCACCUCUACCUGCCAGCAUUGUGGUCCACAGUAUUCAGGAGAAUGGAGUGUCCGUUUCAUCCCUGGUCUCACCACCUGUGUUGGAGAAGCCUAAACGCACUGCUGCGGUGCGAGGAAUAGAAGACGUACGACCAAGUGUGGAGAGCCUUCUGGAUGAGCUGGAGAGCUCUGUGCCCUCGCCUAUUCCUACUUCCUUGGUGGUGUCUGAUGGGCAGCUUGAUGGACAAGAGGAAACACAAGCACAGCAACAAGCAAGAAUGUCUGCGUCCUCUGCCACACGAGAGCUAGAUGAACUGAUGGCCUCCUUGUCAGACUUCAAAGUCCAAAGCAAUUCUGGCUCUCAACUCUCAAUGAACCAGGAAGUGGUAGACUCCUCUUAUCCUGCUUGCUCACCUAUGGUCACCCUUGACACUCUGUCCUCAAUUACCCAUAUUGACUCAUCUGUGGAUAUUGAUCCUUCGUCUAGUUACACCUCACCCUCCUGUACCCCUCUUCCACUGGAACUCCACAUAGACGAAGAUGGUUGUUCAACCCCUACCUUUACUGCUGGUUCAACUGUCAUGGUUACAACAUCCAAAAAAGAAAGUGGUGGCAUUGACACCUCUGAUAUCUCUCGUUUGGAGAGCUUCAGUGUUUCGUCUACCCCAAAGCAACCCAUUAAAACUGAACGUAGUAGCUCAGCUAGUCUGUCAGUCACUGAAGUUUCUUCUUAUAAAGCCUCAAGUUCAUUGGGAAAGAAUUCAAGUAGUUCCAGUUCAGAGCCUGCUUCUCGGAAUCCCUGUUUAGUAGAUCUUUCCAACCUAAGUCCACUUACUUUGUCAAUACAGUGUCGACCAACACCCACACAUCAUGGCCAAGAUAUACUUGAAAAGAAUGAAUGUCCAGUAACGCCAACAACUCCAGAAACAUGGCCAAUAUCUGCUAGCCCAGUAACUGCUCCAAGACUAUCAGGUCAGGUUUCAAGUAGUGUUCCCAAGAGUCCAGUGUUAAUUCCAAGUCUCUCAAGUCCAGUUCCAAAGCUUGCAAGUCCUGUGACUGUCCUCGGUGUCUCUAGCUCAGAAACUGCUUCCAAAAGUUGUAGUCCAGAAUUAGUCCCUAAGAUUGCACACCCAGUAAUGCUUCCAAAAAUUUCAAGUCCAGCAGCAAUUCGAAAAAGUCAAAGUCCAGUUCCAAAAAGUCCUGCUUUAGUCAUCAAAAAGACCUACAUGGUUGCAGAUACUAGUAGUAGUCCCCGAGAGUCACCAGUAUUGCUCUCUGCUUUAUCAUUAACUAGCCCGUCUUCCCCUCCUACCAAAAAUCAGCGAAGUGAAAUAAUGGACUUAACAUGGCCAUGCCGGGAGCCUGUAUUGGAUAAUGCCUUAGAUAAACUUUUAGCACCUGAGUUGACUCAACCAUAUGAGAGCCAACCAACUACUUCUCUUAUGCCUGGGGAUGAGUACAGACCAUGGGAUGAAGAUGAUCGCGUGUACACAGAUGUGAGCCGAGAGGCGACCCUGACACCAAUGACUGAAGCUAGUUGGAUUGAUGAGUGUUUCACCCCCUCCACCUGCCCAGGGACACCAGAUGCAACGCUGGAUCUGGCUACACAGCAGCCAUCUGCCGUUGAGCGUUUAUCAGCUUCUGGCCAACUCAAGUCGGUUAUACGUCGCACUAAAGAGACCUCCAACGUGCACCCGAUGUACAAGGAUGGAGUAGUGCGACGUAAAAUGGGACCUGUUAUUGUGAAUAAGAGUAAUUCACAAGAUCGGCUCAUUGAAGAGCUACAGGGAAAACUAGGAAUUGGCCAUGUGGAACGCCGACGUAAACAACAGCCAGAUGACUGGCUGACUGAAGGCGUCAUCGUGAUGUCAAAACCACAGCGAAUACGUGAAGAAAGGGCCCUGCCACCUCUGGAUAAGAUCAUCAUCCCUCCUGAGUCUCCUGUCCCCCAUAGAAAAGUCCUCCCCCCUCUGAAGUCCCCUCCAGCCCCAAAAAAGUUACCCCCAGUAAAACAGACACCGCCACCACUACCGCCACCCCCUCCUACCCCUCCCCCACCUCAGGGACCUACCCCACUGCCCCCAAAGGAUCUUACUCCUCCCCCAAGGGAGCCCUUGUCUCCCCCUGUGCAGCCCCCUCCAUCACCAAGCCCCCCACCCAAGCCCAUCACACCACCUCCAUCCCCCAAGGUCUUUCUAUCAGUGUCCUGUCAGACCGAGUAUGACGCCCUCUUCCCACCUAUGCAGAUCCAGUCACAGGGAAGGACGUCUCCCACUGGACCACCCAAGCCAGCAAAUAAACUGGACAACAUGCUGGGGAGCCUGCAAUCAGACCUGAACAGACUGGGGGUCCAAACUGUGGCUAAGGGUGUCUGUGGUGCCUGCAAGAAACCCAUUGUUGGACAGGUGGUGACUGCCAUGGGAAGAACGUGGCACCCUGAGCACUUUGUGUGCACACACUGCCAGGACGAGAUUGGCUCCAGGAACUUCUUCGAGCGUGAGGGACAACCUUACUGUGAGAAAGACUAUCACAGCCUCUUCUCACCACGAUGCCACUACUGUAAUGGACCCAUACUGGAUAAAGUGGUGACUGCUUUGGACAAGACUUGGCAUCCCGAGCACUUCUUCUGUGCCCAGUGUGGAGCCUUCUUUGGACCAGAAGGGUUUCAUGAAAAGGAUGGAAAGGCGUUCUGCAGGAAGGACUACUUUGACAUGUUUGCGCCGAAGUGUGGAGGCUGUGCACGGGCUAUUCUGGACAACUACAUCUCUGCACUCAACUCACUUUGGCACCCUGAAUGCUUUGUUUGCAGGGAAUGUUUCACGCCGUUCAUAAAUGGCAGCUUCUUCGACCACGAGGGUCAGCCGUAUUGUGAGGCGCACUACCACGAGCGGCGUGGCUCGCUGUGCUCAGGCUGCCAGAAGGCCAUCACGGGGCGCUGCAUCACAGCAAUGGGCAAGAAAUUUCACCCGGAACACUUUGUGUGCGCUUUCUGCCUCAAGCAGCUCAACAAGGGCACCUUUAAGGAGCAGAAUGACAAGCCAUACUGCCACGGUUGCUUUAUUAAACUCUUCAGCUAGACUGUACACCUUUCCUUGCUCUUCUAAAUGCACACAAUGGGUGUUUUUGUACCACAUUCAUGAGUCUGAGACAGGGUGGGUCACAUCAUUACAGAUUCAUGUUUGUGACUUUUGACACUGAAGUGAUUUUCUUUCCUGUCCAAUUUCUCAGGCUUUUGCUAAAGGUGUUUUAUCAGCCCAAAGAGAUUUUUGUUUAGGGUUUUAAUCCUGUGUCAAGCAACAAAAUAAUACAAAUCUCCCCUUGUGUUUGUAUAAACACAAAUGCAUAUGAGGUUGUUUUCUUUUUUCGGGACAAUGUAACUCCAAUUUCCUGUACAAAAGGUUGGAUUACCCCAGAGCAGGACAAAAUUUAAGUCGCAUUGUCCACCUGUGUCAAAAUAGUCUUUUGAAGAAGCAUGGCGCGUGGAAAGCAGUUAUGACACUUGUAUGGCCAAUUGGUUUUAACAAUCUGAACAAACCUCCAAACCAGUUAUCUUUGCACUCUCCAAACACAGAUCUCUUGAUGAGACUGUCAUAUGGUGAAUUUUACAAUUUGUCGCUUUUAUUUUUCUACUCUCCAAUUACAUCUAAGAAAAGGAUCAGAUGUUUAGUCGCUUCAGGUGCUUAGGUAGGUAGCUUACUCAAAGUGUAAUCUGUUUGUUGGCUAAUUACUGGUGACUCUUAAAUUAGUAGUUUAAUACCAGAGGGAAUAACCAUAUCAACCCUUAGUUUCUUUUUAUUCUGCCAUUCACUUCGAAAUAGGCACGCUUACUGAUGUUAACUUUUGGGUGCCAUUUAUUUAAAAAAAAUAAAAAAAAUAAAAAGUUUAAAGAAAUGCAGAUAUUUCACAUCUGUAUUCAUGCACAAUUUAUAAAAUUACAAUUCUUGUCACUACAAAUAAUGCAUCUGUUCAGUUUUAAUUUUUACAAUUGUGAAUUUAUCACCAUUUAAUACAAAAAGACUGGAUUAUGCUGUCGUUUUAAAAGCACUAAAAGCCACCUGUCAAAAUCUGAAUCCACAGUAAAUCCAUGUAAUACUCUUGACCGUGUAACAGAACUGUGUUUUGUCACUGUUUAGAAGACAAUAUAUAUUUGUAACUUGCAUUGCAAUGGAGAGAGCUGGCUCUACUGACAUGCAGGCUGAUGGUACUCCAGCCUGUUCUCUGCCAUGUACAUACAAACACACCUUUACCAGCUGGUGGUUAAAAAAAAAAACCCAGUGCGCAAUAUUUUUUUACCACAAAACUCAAAUCUAUGAUGAUGUUACAAGUGCCAAAUGGGUAGCAGGUUGUUGUGGGCUACAUGUAUUUAAUCACACCGUGUUUGACUAAGAUUCUCCGUGCACAUGCUUAUUUUUCAUCACUGAGUGGGCAAAGUGUUUAAUAUACAUUUAUGGUUGUAAGGUGGAGGAUGCAAUGUGCCAAAUGUGACAAUGCAAUAAGGUCUUAUACACUGUGGUCUUUCCUGUGAUUUGAGCCUUUGUGGUCUGAAUUCAGGGAGACUUGUCUGCUGUGCUGUAGCUACUUUCUAAAUGUGCACAAGUACACUGUAGUUGAUGAGCAGAAGAAGAAAACAGGAAAGCCACUUGUUGAGCAUUGGAGCUGACAGUUACUGUACACAUCCUGCUGAUUUAGACUUUGCAUAUUGGAUGUUCAGUUAGACUGCUUGCCUACAAAUAUUGACAGAAAUUGAUUUUUAUUCUCCAUGUAAUCUUAGUUACCUCUUCGUUUCUACCUGUCAAUGAAGAUGAACCUUCUACUUUUAGUGAAAUACGUUAUAGUACAUUUUGUGAUCCUUAAGCAUUUUAUUUUUAAGAGCUUUGGCUUGCUUGGGUGCUAUGUAAACUUGUGAUGGGGCUGAUUACAGAUUGAUUAAUCCAACCAAUGCAAAUAAAAUAAGAUCUGGAUUUCUGCCA